CCUCUCUCAGCAGAAUAUCCACCUGAGCCCAAUGAGAAUGAGCCCUACAAUGAGAAUGAUGACUACGAUCCCUACGGCCCUGCACCAACAAGGGUUACCAUGAUCACUGAAGACACCUUUCCCUACGCAACCACCACUGAGUCUCACUACGCCAAGGAGGACACUGAGACCAUGCAGGUUCAUCUCUCGGGACCCAGCGUUGACUCCUCUGAGGAGAUUGGAGGUGAUGUGGGUCUCGGUGAGGAGGGGCCCACGGAGUGCGACUGUGAGCCUGGACAGCCUGGAUUUGCUGGCUUUGCAGGGCCAAAGGGAUCCAAAGGCCUACAAGGGAAACAAGGACGACCAGGACCUCAAGGCAGAGAGGGUCAUAAAGGAACAAAAGGGGCUCAGGGACAACGAGGCAACACUGGACCAGUGGGUGACCCUGGGCCUGAAGGGGAUGAAGGGCCUUCUGGUUUCUCCGGAGCUAUGGGAGAAGUUGGUUUUCGAGGAGACCCAGGUGAACGUGGAGAGCCUGGUCUCAAGGGUGAUGUUGGCAUUGUGGGACCUCGUGGAGGUUUUGGAGCACCCGGUGAAACUGGCCCUCCUGGUGAUGCGGGUUCCCCAGGAGCAAGAGGAGGUAAAGGUAUCAAGGGAUCCCCUGGUGAUGCAGGCAAACAGGGUCCACAGGGACGGGACGGCCCAAAGGGUCAGAUUGGAGCGCCUGGAAUUCCAGGAGAUGUAGGCGAGCGAGGAUACACUGGCUAUCCAGGACAAUCAGGAAGAAUUGGACCUCCUGGACCAAAGGGAUCUAAAGGUCAGGAUGGCCGUCCAGGCAGCAAUGGGGAUCCUGGUGAAGAUGGUCCUAUCGGAGUCCAAGGGGUGUUGGGAGAGCCUGGACCCUUUGGUCCCAAGGGUAAUAAAGGAGAUCGUGGUGUGACGGGACCUCAAGGUAGAAUGGGCACCAUGGGAAGUGAAGGAGAACAAGGAGAUGCUGGAGCACCAGGCAAACCAGGACCAAAAGGCCUGCAGGGCCCACCUGGGACCAAAGGUGAGACAGGAACUGAUGGACAGAAGGGUGCAGCAGGGAAGAAAGGCAUUAAAGGAACUCAGGGACAAAAGGGAAGUGUAGGCGGCCGUGGACAGAAAGGAGAGCCUGGACCAAAAGGUUCUGCUGGUCAUAAUGGUGCCCCUGGUCCUGUGGGACCACCUGGUGUUCCAGGGCCAAGAGGAGAGCGGGGUCCUCUCGGUGACCAAGGAACCAAAGGCCAACCAGGACCUAAAGGAGUACAAGGUGGACCAGGUCCUGGUCUAUCUGAAGAGCAGGUUCUUCAACUCUGCAGGGGUGUGGUCACAGCUCAGAUCUCCCAGUAUGCUGCCUCCAUCCAGUCCAAGUGCUCCCAAGGCUGUCCCAUCAACAGUCGCACCCUCAUAGGUCCCCCAGGUGUCAGAGGGCCACCAGGAUCACCAGGCAAACCUGGAAAAGCAGGGAAAACCGGAUUAAAGGGGGCCCGAGGAGCUCAAGGCAACAGAGGACAGGCAGGGCUAAAGGGGCCACAGGGUGAAAGAGGCACAAAGGGUUCUAAAGGUGCUUCAGGUGAUCCCGGUAAAGGCCUGCCAGGACUUGAUGGACCACAGGGAGACAAAGGUUUAUCCGGUCAUCCAGGUGAACCACAAAAUGGCACAGAUGGUCCUCGUGGACCACGGGGAUUCCCUGGUCCUGCUGGUUUACCCGGUGUGGUUGGAAUCCCAGGUGUUCCGGGUUUUUGUGAGGCACGGGACUGCAGCAUUUAUGCACCGGUGAUGCGGAAAGAGCAGGGCCUGGUGAAAGGACCAUCCAAUCGCAAAAUCUGAAGAAGGCCACUGAAAGAUGAAGACUCUGAUAGUCACUGCUAUUUUAACUGACACUGGAA